GCCGCGGGCAGGGGGGCGGGGCGGCAGAGCUCAGCGGCUGGGCCUGGAGGACAGCGGCUGCGAAGGCAGCGAGCGUCGGUGCGCGCAGCGGCGAGCGGCCUUGCGGGACCCGGGCGACAGGGAGCGCAGAGGUUGCCUCUUCACCACACUGAAAACAUUAGGAAAAAUUCUUGUGGUAAACAGCAGAGGCUUCAGAGUGUAACCUGUAUUCAGGCCCAAAAAUUAUUUUAAAAUGGCAACUGAUACGUCUCAAGGUGAACUCAUCCAUCCUAAGGCAUUCCCUCUUACAGUAGGACCUCAGCUGAUCCACACGGACAAGUUAGGUGAGAAGGUAGAGGAUAGCACCAUGCCGAUUCGUCGAUCUAUGAAUUCUACCCGGGAAACGCCUCCCAAAAGCAAACUUGCUGAAGGGAAGGAAGAAAAACCAGAGCCAGAUGUAAGUUCAGAGGAAUCUGUCUCCACUGUAGAAGAACAAGAGAAUGAAACUCCACCUGCUACAUCAAGUGAGACAGAGCAGCCGAAGGGAGAACCUGAAAAUGAAGAGAAGGAAGAAAACAAAUCUUCUGAAGAUACCAAAAAGGAUGAGAAGGAUCAAGUUAAAGAGAAAGAGAAGAAAGUGAAAAAAACAAUACCUUCCUGGGCUACUCUUUCUGCCAGCCAACUUGCCAGGGCCCAGAAGCAAACCACGAUGGCUUCCUCUCCACGUCCCAAGAUGGAUGCAAUCCUGACUGAGGCCAUUAAGGCAUGCUUCCAGAAGAGUGGUGCCUCAGUGGUUGCUAUUCGGAAAUAUAUUAUCCACAAGUACCCUUCUCUGGAACUGGAGAGAAGGGGCUACCUCCUUAAACAGGCACUGAAAAGAGAAUUAAAUAGAGGUGUCAUCAAACAGGUAAAAGGGAAAGGUGCUUCUGGGAGUUUUGUUGUAGUUCAAAAAUCAAGAAAAACAUCGCAGAAGUCCAGAAAGAACAGGAGCUCUGCAGUGCAGCCAGAACCACAAGUAAAAUUGGAGGAUAUCCUUCCACUGGCCUUUACUCGCCUUUGUGAACCUAAAGAAGCUUCCUACAGUCUCAUCAGAAAAUAUGUAUCUCAGUAUUAUCCUAAACUUAGAGUGGACAUCAGGCCUCAGCUGUUGAAGAAUGCUCUGCAGAGAGCAGUAGAGAGAGGCCAGUUAGAACAAAUAACUGGCAAAGGUGCUUCUGGGACAUUCCAGCUGAAGAAGACAGGGGAGAAACCCCUGCUUGGUGGAAGCCUGAUGGAAUAUGCAAUCUUAUCUGCCAUUGCUGCCAUGAAUGAGCCGAAGACCUGCUCUACCACUGCUCUGAAGAAGUAUGUCCUGGAGAACCACCCAGGGACCAAUUCUAACUAUCAAAUGCAUUUGCUGAAGAAAACCCUGCAGAAAUGUGAAAAGAAUGGUUGGAUGGAACAGAUCUCUGGUAAAGGGUUCAGUGGUACCUUCCAGCUUUGUUUUCCCUAUUAUCCCAGCCCAGGAGUUCUAUUUCCAAAAAAAGAGCUAGAUGAUUCUGAAGAUGAAGAUGAAGACGAAGAUGAUGAUGAAGAUGAAGACUCAUCAGAAGAGGAGUCUGAAGAUGAAGAACCACCACCUAAGAGAAGGUUGCAGAAGAAAACCCCAGCCAAGGCAUCUGGGAGAGCUGCAGCAGUGAAGCAGAGAGGGUCCAAGCCUGCACCUAAAGUCCCAGCUGCCCAGCGAGGGAAAGCUAGGCCUCUCCCGAAGAAAGCCCCUCCUAAGGCCAAAACUCCCGCCAAAAAAGCCAGACCCUCACCCUCUGUCAUCAAGAAACCUAGUGGUGGCUCUUCAAAGAAGCCUGGUAGUGUGAGAAAGGUAGUGGAAUCCACCAUGAAAAAAUCCUUCAGAGCAAAAAAGUAAAUUUUAUAGGAGAAAAGGGUAUCAUGAGAAAAUUGAAAAUUUUAUUUUCUGAGGUCAGCGUGCAUUUGUUGUAGUUUUGAUGCUCUUAAAGUUACUUUUUUGUUUUUUUCCUCACCUGUGAACAUCGUGGGGAAGGAAUAUAAAUAAACCAUUUUAGGCAUUUUUUAGCUUUAGGUGCUAUUCUUGGUACCUGCUUUUUUUCCUUGUUCAUUUAAGUUACUGCGAUAAUUUGGGUCUUUCCUGAACUGUAUAAUCUAUAAUUGCCUUUUUUUCUCCCUCCACCAAUCCCUUUAGCCCUCCCCCCACCCCCGACUUUGAGUUGUAUCUAAACGGUUGCAAAGGUUUUUAUAUUUGUAGAAAGCAUCAAGACUUAAGAUGCUGGUCAGGUCAGAUGCUAUAAGUAGAAAGGGGUUAAGAUAGAACUGACUAAAUUGUAAUGCCUCCUGCUUGGAGGCUUGAAUUUUAGCUAUGACGGUUCAUCUUAUUUAUAAAACCACUCUACUAAUCCUUUCUCUCCAGCUGUGAACACAGAGACAUCGUAGCUUUGGGAGUAAGAACAACAACAACAACAAAAAACAUCACAUUAGAUUCUAAAGUUGCACCACUCUUUUAGGCUACUUUCCACAUUGCUCGGUUUCCAGGCAUUUUUCACUGGCCCAGGGCAUUGCAUUCCCUCUACAGCAAGCACAAGUUCUCUUCAUCACUUGGUUUUUUGACUGAAGGGGGAAAAAUAAGAAUAUAUUGAAUUUGUGGUUUCUGGUGUCACCUAUGUUACCAAGAAUCAAAACCAUAUAAAAUUGUCUCGAUAAAAAUGUUUAAAUAUAUUUUUUAAUAUUUGGAGCAUGAGUUGUUUCUUCCUAUUUACCUUUUUUAUAAGGAAAAGUUGGAGAGUCAACAUCAUUGUUUAUGUAGAAAUGUUAAGUGGAAAAAUAUGCAAUUUGUUAAAAUAAAUGAUUCCAGAUUCAUCUGGGUUUUUCCCUCCUUUCUUUCCAUAGCACUUUUGAUAUCAAGCAAGUGGCUUCCUUUUUUCGAGAUAUUAAAAAAAGAAAAGCAGUUGAAGCCCAACUACCUAACCCUUUCAUAUUUGUAUUUGUUUUAGUAUUGUGAAGUUGUGUUAAAUAGUAUUAGCUUUCUACUUGAGAAAUACUGAUUUGCGGUUAUCAUUUAUCCUCCCUGUGGCACUUGACAUUUUAAUUGUCUUAAAAUUUUCGGUGUACUUCUGGCCUCUUCAGUGCUGCCAGAGUAAAAGAUGUUUGUUUCAUUCAUUCCACUUGCAUUGUCUCCUGGGAUCCCGACUGCAGCCUCAAAGUGUUGCUGGAAAAUGGACUUAAGAAGAUUCGCUUAAACUAGAUCCAUAAUCAUGUGUGAUCCCAUCAUGACUUCAUUGGAAUUUGUGUUGCAUGUAAGGCAAUCUUUCCUGUUGUAAAUCUUCCUUUUUUUAUGUACAUAUAUUUUGAAAAAUACAAAUAAACAUGAAAUUUUAAAAGCUG